AUGGCCGCGCCCUUCCGCGUCAAGGCCCUCUACGAGUACUCGUCGCCCCACGACGACGACCUCAACUUCGCCGCCGGCCAAAUCAUCACCGUCACCGACCAGGAGGAUGCCGACUGGUACGAGGGCGAGUACCUUGACGACGACGGCGCCAAGAGGCAGGGCAUCUUUCCCUGCAAUUUUGUCGAAAAGUACGAGCCCACCGCGCCCCCGAGGCCUGCGAGGACCCGUCCCAAAAAGGACCCCGAAGCUGCUCAGCCGUCCCCGGAACAUGUAUCCGUCCCGCCUCCGGCUGCCCCGGUCCAUCAAGACCCGAGCCAGGCGGAGCCCGAGAUUGAAGAGGCCGACGCGCCCGUACAAAAGAGCCCGCCGGCCGACAACAUGAGCGAGUCCCGCGCUCCGCCUGCUCCUGCUGCUGCUGCUCCCGCUUCUGCUACCAAGAAACAGCCGGCGGCCCCGCCUCCAGUUUCUGACAAGCCCUCGGGCAACUCCUUCAAGGACCGCAUCGCCGCUUUCAACAAGCCCGCGGCACCGCCCGUCGCCCCCUUCAAGCCCAGCGGUCUUAGCGGAGGCGGCGGCAGCGUAAGCUUCAUCAAGAAGCCCUUUGUCGCCCCUCCCCCGAGUCGAAAUGCCUACGUUCCCCCGCCUCGGGAGACCCCCACGACCCCAAUCUAUAGACGCGACGAAGACCCUGAAAUCAAGGAGAGAGAGGCCGCGAACCUCGAACAAGCGGAAAAAGCCGGGCUGGCCACGACUGCCCAGCAAUCGGGCGGCGCGGAAGAGGAUCAACCCAAACCGACCAGCCUGAAGGAACGCAUCGCCCUGCUUCAGAAGCAGCAGAUGGAGCAGGCCCAGCGUCAUGCCGAGGCUGCUGCAAAAAAGGACAAGCCCAAGAAGCCGCCCAAGAAGGUGACUGAAGCCUCUGCAGACGCGGACCCCACUGCCGAAGCAGCAGAGCCACAUGUGCCGGCUCCGUCGGAGCACAGAGAGGCCGAGGACACAGGGACAAGAACAUCCACGGAUGAAGUGCACCCGGCUCGAGCCGCUCUUCCGCCGCGGCGCAAGUCCUCCAAGGGCCCCGCGACCGAACUUGUCCACGACAGCAACGACGCCGACAUGUCGGGCGCCGGUGACACCUCCGAGGGACAGGAUGACACGACUGAGCGCGAAGACAGCGACGAGACGUCUCGGCGCACUGCCCAGCUGCCAUCGAUCUCGAUGACCCCCUCCGCCGCCACCGCCGUCACCCCGAGUGAGGCCGAGGUGGAGGCCGACGAGGCAGAACAAGAGGACGAGGACGAUGUUGAUCCCGAGGUUAGGCGCAAGGAAGAGCUGCGGGCGAGGAUGGCCAAGAUGAGUGGCGGCAUGGGCUUCCACGGCAUGUUUGGAGCUCCAGUGCCUCCCACAGCCAUGGCUCCGCCCAAGAAAAAGGCCCCCAAGGCCGAGGCUGACCCCACUGCGGAGGGCGCAGAGGAAACGAGCCCCAUUUCUCGCGCAGCCCCUCCGAUUCCAACACCAAUGGCACUUCCCGGCAUGGGGGGCUCAAGGGCAUCGGAGGAGACCAAGCGUGCGGGACAAGACGAAGCCGCUCUCCCGUCGAGAGCUGCACCUCCUCCUUUGCCGUCACGGGCAGUCGAUGAUGACGGCCAUGGUCAGCUGGAGGACCAAGACGAGGAAGAUGAGGCGACCACGCCGGCCCCGCCCCCGGAGCCCAAAGCACCUCGGCGAGACGCCGGCGGACCGCCGCCUGUGCCUGGAGGUCGACCAGGGCCCCCUCCUGUUCCUGCGGAUGGCCGACCCCCGCCGCCUCCUCCGGCUGCUGAUCUCAAGUCUGCCACGGACGGGUCUGAAUCAGACGAUGAGCUCUCUGCACGAGAGAGAAACAUGGCACACGAAUCCUCGCCACUGUCCCCCCCCCUGUCUACCACCAAUAAGCGGAACAGCAGACCUCCGCCUCCCAUACCCGGGUCCGCGCCUGCGCCUCCCCCAGCCCACGGCCGACCACCGCCUCCCCCACCCCCUGGAGGUUUGCCACCGCCCCAAGCCGGCGAAGAGGAAAACGAGGAGAAUACCGAAUACGAAGGCGACUAUGACACCGACAUUGCAUCGUCGGUCCCUCACAAGGACGCGCUGAAGGCGCAUGCUCGGGACUCGAGUCUAGAAGAUAAUGGGUCCCAGUCUCCCGCCAAGGACGCUCCGCCAACCCAACCGCCGCCUCCGCCACCCGAGAGCAGUACGCGGCGGUCGGUGGACGUGCCUCGAGCCGCGCCCCCGCUUCCACCCCAGGGCAAGGAGGCGCCAUCGCCCCGGAUUGGCGAUGAUUACGAUACCCACAACCACGCGGCGUCGGCAGCCGGCGGGUUCAGCUCGAGCUACGGCCACAAAACGCCCAAGAUCGAAGAGGAGGCAUACUUCCCCGGCUCUCCGUCUGCCACGUCCCCGCCCGAGAGGAGGGUUCCACCUGCUACCCCUGGCACGCGUGCCCCCCACAGGCAGUCGAUGGACGUGGCCAGAACGAGCAUGAGCGGCCGAAGGUCGACAGACAUUGUUCGACCCUCGAUGGAAUCGGGCUUCAUUGCCAACGACAUCGACCUCGCCGUCCAGAGCGGAUGGUGGAAACAAGCCAACCAGGUGCCCCCCGUGCUGCAAGGGCGGCGAGACAUGUACUUUGAGAGUGAGGAGUCGAUGACGACAAACCAGGGGUCAAAGACGACCGUCACGCGAGAGAUAUUCGUGCUCUUCCAGGACUACUCGCAGACGGUGCUGACGGUGCGCUACGAUCCGUACAACGCCUCGGACGUGGAGCUGGAGCAGCGACACGAGUCGCCUCCUCGAGCCCUCCGGCAGGACCAGAUGGAGGAGUUCCACGAUCUGUUUGGACGUCGCAUCUCGGAGGCCGCUUCGUCCAAGAAGGACACGGUGGUUGGGGACGGCACGCCCCAGGGCCUGGUCGCCGAGCUGCUGCGGCCGUUCAAGGACGCGCUGCGGCCAGUCGGCACGCGCGCGUACGGGGCGCUCGUCUACUCCAACAUGGCCAACGCGUCGACGCAGCAGCACGACGUGAUCCGGCCGGGCGACAUCAUGUCGGUGCGCAACGCCAAGUUCCAGGGCAAGCAUGGACCGAUGCACGCCAAGUAUUCGGCCGAGGUGGGCAAGCCAGACCACGUCGCGGUGGUGGCGGAGUGGGACGGGACCAAGAAGAAGGUGCGGGCCUGGGAACAGGGCCGAGAGAGCAAGAAGGUGAAGCUGGAGAGCUUCAAGCUGGACGACCUGCGCAGCGGCGAGGUCAAGAUCUGGAGAGUGGUGCCGCGCAGCUGGGUUGGCUGGAACGGCCAGGCCUGA